GGGAGCUGCUUGUUUGGUGGCAAAUCCUGUGUCAGGACGGACUGUGAUCCAGCAAAGUGCUGGACCCGCUGGUUCCUCUGAGUCCUGAUCCUCUGCAUCCUGACAUGGGCCACGGCUCGGAUUGGACAUAAACACACAGACUGACUCUGACUGGCACCAGUUAUGACACCCCGAUGGACUUGGUUCCCUCGGGCGCACUGCCAGGACAGAAAACCCCCUGGUCCGGACCAGGAGAGGAAGAAGCGAUGGGCUGAGCUGUUUGAUCAGCUGGACGUCAACAAAGAUGGACGAAUCGAUAUCCUUGAACUGCGGGCAGGGUUGGCAAGCCGGGGACUUUCCAAAGGCACCGUGGACAGGAUCGUGGAGGCCGGGGACACCAACCAGGAUGGAGUACUGGACUUUGAGGAGUUCACGCAGUAUCUUCACACUCAUGAAAAACAGCUCAAACUCAUGUUUAGUCGCCUGGACAGGAACAAUGACGGUCAGAUAGAUGUAGCGGAGAUCCAGCACUCUCUGCGCACCAUUGGCGUGGACGUGAGCCUCGAGGAUGCCACCAGGAUUUUGCAAAGAAUGGACAAAGACGGUACCAUGACCAUUGACUGGAAUGAGUGGCGGGAGUACUUCUUGUUUAAACCUCUCACUAACAUGGAGGACGUAGCACGCUACUGGAAGCGCUCAAUGAUGUUGGAUAUCGGUGAGCAGCUGACAGUGCCAGAUGAAUUUUCUGAGGAGGAGAAGAAGUCAGGCUAUGUGUGGCGGCAGCUGUUGGCUGGAGCCAUGGCUGGAUCUGUGUCCCGGACUGGGGUUGCCCCCUUAGAUCGCCUCAAAGUCUUCCGACAGGUUCAUGGUUUCAUUGAUUUUAAAGGGAAUGUGCUGAGCAGCUUUCGGUACAUGCUGAAAGAAGGGGGAGUGCGGUCGCUCUGGAGAGGCAACGGGAUGAAUGUGCUCAAAAUUGCACCAGAAACUGCCAUCAAGUUCACGGCUUAUGAACAGAUCAAAAGUGUGAUGCGGGGCAAAAAUGAAACAAAAACUCUGAGGCUUCAUGAGAGGUUUGUUGCCGGCUCUUUGGCUGGAGCUACAGCUCAGACAGCCAUCUACCCAAUGGAGGUGCUAAAGACCCGUCUCACACUGAGAAAAACAGGCCAAUUCUCAGGAAUAGCAGACUGUGCCAAACAGAUCCUACAGAAAGAAGGUGUCACAGCCUUUUACAAGGGCUAUGUACCCAACCUGCUGAGUAUUGUCCCUUACGCCGGCAUCGACCUGGCUGUCUACGAGACUCUGAAGUUUGCCUGGCUGAACAGACACAGAGGUUUAGCCGACCCUGGGGUCACGAUGCUGGUCUGCUGCGGUGCUGUCUCUAGCACCUGUGGACAGCUGGCAAGUUACCCUCUGGCAUUGAUCCGCACUCGAAUGCAGGCACAAGCUACAGUGAAAGGAGCCCCUAAACCCUCCAUGCUGGCCUUGUUUCAAAACAUCGUGACCCAGGAGGGUGUUGCCGGACUUUAUCGAGGGAUUUCCCCCAACCUCCUGAAAGUCAUCCCUGCUGUUAGUGUGUCCUACGUCGUCUACGAGUACAUGAGGAUAUGCCUGGGAGUGGACAUUGAGGGUAGGAGGGAUGGGAAAGGGAAGGGGUAAAUAAAAGAGUCGAUGGUUUGGGGUUGGUUUCAACUGCAAGCACGUACAGAUCUGUUGGCAGUGCAUGAGGAAAUGGGCCUUGACUGUGGAUGAAUCCAUGGUGCUGUGUUCAUGAGUCAUGAGUUUUCAGGAUGAGGAUGAUUGGAUGGAAAGUCCAUGGAUGGUAAAGGGAAAAACAACAGAUCAUUGUGAAAGCAUCACACUUGGAGGACCUCACCUGAACUGGCAGCUGCUGUGAUGAGUUUCACGUGUGAUUUAUUGCAUCACAGUGCAUGUCAGCAGUUGUGUGAGAGCUAAUCUACUAGCCUGCCGCUGCUGCUGCUGCUGCAUUGACUUGGACAGAUGAAGACUUGCAUGAACUUGCCUGAGAACGCACUGAUAAAAGGUGCAACCAAACUUGGAAGCCAUGUUACAUUCCUGCAGCAUUAUUUUUUCUCCUAGGUGGUAUAUAGAGAAGAUACAGAAUUGAUAGGAGGAACGACCCAGUUUCCUGUUCUAUGAGUGAGGGAAACCCGAAGUUGCUGCACACCGGUGGAUAUACAGAGUCCGGACUUUUGAUUGGAGCAACAUAAUCCCAGUUUGAUCUUGGAAUGGACCAUUUCCAUUUUGCAAAGCAUUUCCCUGUAUUCUGCUUGUUUAUUUUUUGACUCUCAAAGUUGUACAGUGUGUCCAUAGGUAAUAUUAAAAGUUCACAUAUAAAACCUUUAGGUCUCUUCACUUUCAACAAGUCUGUGUUCGCCCCUUUUUGAGAUGGAACCUCAAAAUGUCACCGAAUCUAACCACAGGAGACUUAACUUUCCUGCAAUGCAUACCAAAUUAUAAUUGUCCGCAUAAUUACAUUUUAUCAGCACAUCUGCUGAUAAUCAUCAUGCCAGCCAUCAUCAUGGUGAAUGCAAGUAGUUUGUUGCUGAUGUGGUUAUCAUAAUGUCUUUUGUCAUCUGAAUUUGGAGUUAUACUGUGACAUUGUGCCCAAAUCUUUACCAGUCCAUACCUCAACACCCCAGGUGCAUGUCUUUAUUUAGCUUAACAAAUUUCAUUCAAUAAACGCACCUUUCUUCUUUUGUAGACACCCCGUAGCUUUAGUCGUCCUCUCUUACAAUCAUCUGCAUAAUAAGUUACACUGUACAGGUCUCUGUCACUUCAAUUUGUAAAUUUACUGAUUUUAUCAACGGACACAUUGCAAAUCACACAAAUGGGGAAACACUUGUAUGUCAGUAACAGACUGUGAAUAUUACAAUCUUUAAAAAGCACAAUUUAAUUAUCCUGUAAGAUUGGUGGAUGGAUGGAUGUGCGGAUGAGCCCUUGAUAAAUGCACACCAGGUUUUGUGGUUUCUGUGAGAAAAAAAAAAGCAAUCAGAAUUUAACAAAGAAAUGAGGGUGACAUAUUGGGACCAUACUGUGACAAAGACAGAUUAAUUAUGUUAGAACAUAAAGGGCAUGAUCGACACUGUGGUGGAAGCUAAAUUAAUUUACUUAGUACAAUUUUGAGGUACAUGUACUUGACUUUGGUAUUUCCAUUUGAUGCUACUCUAUACUUCUACUACAUUUCAGAGGGAAUUAUUGUACUUUCUCCACUACUUUAUUGGACAGCUUUAAUUACUUUUAAGAUAAAGAUUUGACACAAUGGGUAUUAUAAGCAGCUUUUAGAAUACAACACAUUAUUUAACAAUUAAAUCAGGGGUUUUCUACCUUUCUGACAUCAGCAACAUGUAGUCUGUUUAAUCUAGGGUCAGUGCAAAGCCAUAGUCACAGAGUGAACACUGCGGGGGACCACAUCUGCUGAGGGAUCUAUACAAAUAUGCAGUAACUUAAAACUACUGUCUCCAUAAAUUACCCAUGCCGCACAACAUAAAUGACUGACACUUUACUCAGGUUCCAUAUCUGACAAGUAAAACAUAAAAAUGACAUUGAUGUUUGUUGAAUAUGCCUGUGAGCUAUCUGCAGAGACACCACGUGGACAAACCCCACACAGAGCUGCAAUAAACCAUACUGCUACGAAGGGUUGUAGUAAUAAUGGCUAUUAAGUUUAUUUAUGUAGAAAAGCAUUUUUUUUUUAAUUUAUGUUUUUACCAAUGCAUUUAUUUCAAUUAAUGCCUUGGUUCACUGAGUAUCUCUGACUAUGCAGCAUCAUAAUUAUAUAAGCUAAAUGCAACUGUAAUGGCCAAAGGACCAUGGCUGACCUCAUGGUUGUCCGACAUUGAUAGGAUUUUUUUUUUGGUGAAGCUUUAUUUUACAAGUCUGUAAUUUCCCAAACAUUUCCUGUAAGUGUCAAAUAAAUAAAUACAUAAAUGUUG